AUGCCAUUGAUUUCUAACGACCUGAAAGCACCGCUCGUUGCUGAACUUGAUAUAACUUCAGUGAAUAAACAGUUAGAAAGUUACAUCAACUAUGAUAUUAAAACAACAUUUUCCGAGGAGGUUCAAGACAUGGUUAAAAACGAUCAAGACCAGACAAAGACAACCAUGUUAGAAGAUUAUUCGUUAAAACUAAACACGACAAAGAAGGAAUAUGAAAAGCGAUUUUCAAACAUAGUUCAAAAUCUUGAGGCCAAGCAAAAGGAGAUAACGCUUGAAGUAUCUGAAGUUUACAAAAACUUAAGUGAAAGUGAAUCAGCCUUUAAUACUGAAAUAACAGAUUCGCUGAAUGGGUUUGAACACAGACAAGAAAGUUUAAAAUUAGCAAUGAUGUCAGAAUAUUUAUCGAAGCUUCAGCAAUCACAAGACACCAACAACCGUAAAUUUAACGAUUUAGCGAGUGACCUAAAAUCUCAUUUUAAUAAUUUGUCACAAGAAUUUAAAGAGGAAUUCAAGAAAAGUACUACUGACUUGCAAAGCGAAAGGCAGGAAUUAGGAGAUUGGAAAACAAAUUUGAUGAAAACAUUAAAAGACACAUUUGAACCAGUUGAGAAGAAGUUUAAGGACUGCAGCUAUAUAACAGGGGAAACAAACAAACGGAGUGGAGUAUAUAUCAUAUAUCCGAGUGAGAUGAAUGGGAUAAAAGCCUACUGUGAUAUGUCUACAGACGGGGGAGGAUGGACUGUACUUCAAAAAAGAAUAGACAGAACGACAAGCUUUGACAGAAACUGGAUAGAUAAUAAGGAAGGGUUUGGUGAUCCACAGAAGGAAUACUGGCUUGGUAAAUUUAAUGAGUUCAAUAAUGAGUAA